AUGGCUUCACUGGCGACCAUCCUACAGGCCGUUCGCGUGCGAUACUCGCUCCCGCCCGACGGGGUCUUUCAAUCGGUGGCUGCAGCGGUGGAAGAGCAUAUGGCAGCGUACGAUGCCUCCCACGACUUUCACCAUGUCCUCCGUGUGACCGCGCUCUCCCACACUAUCCUCAUGGCGGAGUCGGGGGCUCAUGAUCCUACGGUGGUGCUUCUCGCAGCACUCCUCCACGACGUCACCGACAAGAAGUACACGCCCACCGAGGAUGGGUCGAAGCUGCUGGAGAUACUCGCGAGCGCGAACAUCUCGUCCGAUCUGUCAGCGCGCGUCGUCGAGGUCGUCAACAACGUCUCCUACUCGACUGAGAUGCGCAACCCGGACCGGACGCGGCAGGUGCUAACCCAACAUCCGGAGCUCGGCAUCGUGCAAGACGCGGACCGGCUGGAUGCCAUCGGAGCAGUUGGCAUUGGACGGGCGUUCACGUAUGGCGCAGCAAAGAUGCCGGAGCUCAGUAUGCAGCGCUCCCGUGAUCACAUCAGCGAAAAGCUGGUGAAGUUGGAGGGUCUAAUGAAGACGGAAACUGGUCGACGGAUGGCCAGAGCGCGCACCGAACGGCUGCAGUUGUUCUCUCAGUGGUGGGAUGAGGAGUGUGCGCUCUAG